GAGGAGCCGGCGGCGCUGGAAUGGUGGGCGGGCGCGGCCGAGGAGGACGCCGUGCGCUCGCUGCCGCUGGACGGCGAGGGCGGGCUGUGGGCAAGCGCCUUCGUGCCGCCGCCGCCGCGCCCGGCCUUCCUCGACGAGCACGCCGCGCAGCCCGACGGCCUCACCACCUGCGACCUCUGCACGUGGGCGUGGCGCGGCCGGCCCGGCGCCGCUGGCCCACACGACGCCGAUCGACCAGGAAAAAUAGGAUGGGCGUUAACGUUGGCCAUUGUAUCCAUUUUAUCUGCAGCCAUUGGAGCUGUAAUAAUGGUCACUGUUCUGCAAUGCCGAAGCAGAUUAAAAAACGUCGGUUCUGCAGGUCUCUGCUCCCUAUGCAUCAGGUCGCCAAAUCCAGCUGCCUCCCCUGCAACCAACGCUCAGGAGCGAGCCAGGCACCAUGAAGGCGACAAGAAUGUGACGGCAACCUUCGAAAAUCGCGACGGUGGAGGACGCGUUUGGACUUGGCUCACAAACCGGAGAACGCCGUCGGGACCGCCCCAACUCAGCUCUCAGGCGCCAACUACGCCGGCGGAGAACCACUACACGUUGGACGAAGCUUAUACCACUGUAGGGGAAGCUUUGUAUGCAGAACUGGAUCGCGAAUCUAGUAGCAGCCCAGCCUACCAAAACACGGCGUACAACGGGUCAGACACCGACCCCGAUGCUCCGCCAUCGUCUGCUCCAAGCAGCGCAUACUACUCCGAUCUUUCAUGCGCAACUGCUCCAGAUAGAACUUAUGAAGCGGUAGGGGUGGCGGUGAAUACAAAUACAGGUACAAGUUGGGAGACGGGGGACGUCGCUUUAAGACGGCAUCCUAUCCCUCGUCUAGCAGCAAUUACAGAAACUAUUACUGUACCUUCCGACUACGUAUGAAACGCACGGAAUCGGCCGGUAUUCCAUGCGUAGAAACAAUCAGAAUUGUUAAGAGUUCGAUAUUCAUGUGAAAUAAGUGAUUGCAGCAAGACUGACUAUUAUGACCAGUGCUCUAUGGUCUGUGCAAUUAGUGUAAACAAACAUUUCAAAGUUUACAAGUUUGGUGCUUAUCUCGAGAUUUUAAAGACGCGAUUUUGGACAUUAUGUUCAUUGUUUGUAAAUACCCAUUUACUAGUCAUGUUUAAGAAUGAGAAAUGCAUUUGUACAUAAUUUUGCUUAUAUAGUAGUUAGCUUCCCAAACAAAUUUUAUGUCUGGAGUAUCACUUCAAUUAGGCAACAAGAGUGUUGAGUUAAAGUUUACCUGGUAUAUUUGCCCAAGCACAUGACCAGUUGUUGGUUACACAAGGAAGAUUGCAAUUUCAUUCAUACAUCUAUGUUUUAAAAGUUUCUGGUCAGGGAAACACCUGGUUAUUAAUUGAAAAACUUAUUUUAUUCAGUAAACAUUCAGUACGAUGUGAAGGGAAACAUCACUAUUCUUCAAAGCUUUGUUCAGAGAUCAGUGAUACUGUAUAAAUUUAAUAUGUACAAAAAUGAAU